AUGAAUCGGUUGUUGAAAGCGGCGAGAGCUUCUGGUUCUCUCAACCUCUCCAAUCGUUCCCUCACAGAAAUUCCUGACGAGGUUUACCGGAAUCUGGAGGGGCUAGGAGGCGACGACGACAAGUGGUGGGAGGCUGUGGAGCUUCAGAAGCUUAUUCUGGCUCACAAUAGCAUUGGAUCGUUGAAGGAAGAUCUGAAAAAUUUACCUUUUCUCGCUGUGCUGAAUCUCAGCCAUAACUGUCUCUCGCAACUUCCCGCUGCUGUAGGAGAGUUACCUCAGUUGAAGAUGUUGGAUGUUUCGUUCAAUUCUAUAGUUGAAAUUCCGGAGGAGAUUGGAUCGGCUGCAUCGCUUGUAAAGUAUGCUGACUUUUGUGUUGUCAGGCUUGAUUGUUCAAAUAAUCGGCUCACGGAGCUUCCUAGCUCGCUUGGCAGAUGCUUAGAAUUGUUGGACUUAAAGGGAUCAAACAAUCUUUUUACGAGCUUGCCAGAAGAUUUAGCAAAUUGUUGUAAAUUGUCUAAGCUAGAUAUGGAGGGAAACAAGCUAACAGUGAUAUCGGAAAAUCUCAUUUCAUCAUGGAACAUGCUUACUGAACUCAAUGCAUCAAAAAAUUUGCUGAAUAGCAUACCAGCCAGCAUUGGAGGACUUUCACGUCUAAUUCGUCUUGACCUUCAUCAAAAUAGAAUACUGGCAAUCCCUUCAUCAAUCAGUGGUUGUCAUUCACUUACUGAGCUUUAUUUGGGGAAUAACAAUAUUUCUACAGUACCAAUGGAGAUAGGGGCCCUUUCUCGACUUGGGACUUUAGAUCUUCACUCUAACCAGCUAAAGGACUAUCCAGUAGAGGCAUGCAAAUUGAGUCUUCUAGUCUUAGAUCUUUCUAAUAAUUCAUUGAGUGGGUUACCCCCUGAAUUGGGAAAGAUGACUACAUUGAGGAAGCUUCUGCUUAGUGGAAAUCCUUUGAGAACUCUUCGAAGCUCUUUAGUAUCUGGACCUACAGCAGCGUUACUGAAAUUUCUCCGAAGCAGACUUUCUGUAGAUGAAGAUUCUGAAGCUGUAACAACAAAAAAGGAAGAGGUGAUUGCAAUGGCUACCCGAUUGUCUAUCACUACAAAGGAACUUUCUAUGGAAGGGCUGGGAUUGACUACUGUCCCAUCUGAAGUGUGGGAAUCAGGGGAGGUCAUAAAACUUGAUCUUUCCAGAAAUUCCAUCCAGGAGUUGCCAGGAGAACUUUCUUCUUGUGUUUUACUCCAGAUACCUUUAGAUAGCUUUGAAGUGGUGCCUAAGCUUCAGAUCCUGGAUCUAAGCGGUAAUGCGGCUUCAUUACUAGAUGGCCCUGCAUUUUCUAGUUUGCCUUACCUGCAAGAGCUUUACCUAAGAAGAAUGAGGCUCAGUGAAGUCCCAUCAGAUAUAGAGGGGCUGCAUCAGCUACGGAUCCUUGACUUGAGUCAGAAUUCCCUUCAAUCAAUUCCAGUGGGGUUAAAAAAUCUAACUUCUCUUGAGGAGCUUGACCUAUCUGAUAACAACAUCUCAGUCCUUCCACCUGAGCUGGGUUUGCUGGAACCAACCCUACAGACGCUGAGACUUGAUGGGAAUCCUCUCAGAAGCAUUCGAAGGACGGUCUUAUCUAAAGGAACUAAAGCUGUUCCGAACUAUUUGAAGGACAAAUUGCCAGAGUAG